ACUUGCGACACUUUCAUCCAAAAACCGCCAUGUUGCUACAGUGCAUGAUGGGAUGCUGCCCCGGAUGUGUCAUGGCGGUCGAGUGAAAAAAAGAAGAUGGAGCACAUACGAACUCCCAAGAGGUCGAAUAAUAAGGGUGCUCAAAAGCCCCAUGCACCGCCUGAUUAUUUCAUGCCAGUCCAGGUAGAGAAUGUCCGGCUACAGGACCGGUUCAACACCAGGAAACCGGCCAUCGGGACUCUCUACCUCACGGCCACCCAUCUCAUCUUCGUGGACCCCAACAGUAAGAGGGAGACAUGGGUCCUACACAUGCACAUAGAAUCUGUGGAGAAACUACCGUUAAGCACUGUGGGGUCACCACUCCUUAUCCGCUGCAAGACUUUCCAGACUGUCACCUUUGUCAUCGCUAAGGAGAGGGAAUGUCAUGACAUCUUCGAAUCCUUAAUUAUGUUAUCAAGACCAGCCACCAUUACAGAGCUGUAUGCAUUCCAGUACAACCCCCAGGCCACCUUACUGGACCAUGAGGAAGGCUGGAACUACUUUAGUCUGGAGGCGGAGUUCUCCCGACAGGGGCUGCCCAACAACAGAUGGGUCCAUUCUCCUAUCAACAAGGACUAUCAGAUCUGUGACACGUACCCUCGGACCCUGUUUGUACCCACCGGUGCCACCACGCCCAUACUGCUGGGGAGUUCCAAGUUCAGGAGCAGGGGCAGGCUGCCUGUCCUGUCAUACUAUCACAAAGACAACCACGCAACCAUCUGCAGGUGCAGCCAGCCCCUGUCUGGGUUCAGUGCCAGGUGUCUGGAGGAUGAACAGAUGCUGCAGGCCAUCAUGAGGGCGAACCCUAACUGUAACUUCAUGUACGUGGUGGACACAAGACCCAAGAUCAAUGCAAUGGUGAACAAGGCGGCAGGGAAGGGCUAUGAGAGCACCGACUUCUACUCCAACAUCCGCUUCCAGUUCCUGGGGAUUGAGAACAUCCAUGUCAUGAGAAACAGUCUAGACAAGCUCAUAGAGGUAUGUGACCUGAAGAACCCGUCUGUGGGAGACUUUCUGAGUGGACUGGAGAACAGCAGCUGGCUCAAGCACAUCAAAGCCAUCAUGGACACCUCACUCUUCAUAGCAAAGGCUGUGCUUGAUGAGCAUGCCAGUGUGCUGGUCCACUGUUCUGACGGCUGGGACAGAACAGCGCAGACCUGCUCUUUGGCUGGCGUGUUCCUAGACCCUUAUUACAGGACUCUGCAGGGCUUUCAGGCACUGAUUGAAAAGGAGUGGCUUGACUUUGGGCACAAGUUCACAGAUAGACUUGGACUGACAGCAGUAGAAGAGAAAGAGGUGUCGCCAGUGUUCACCCAGUUCGUGGAGUGUGUGUGGCAGCUGACUCAGCAGUUCCCGUGUGCGUUCCAGUUCAACGAGAGCUUCCUGCUCACGCUGCAUGACCACGCCUACUCCUGUCAGUUUGGCACCUUCCUGGGGAACUGUCAAAGGGAACGCGAGGAGCUCAGCCUGAGCUCAAAAACCUACUCCCUGUGGGGCUACAUGAGGAAGAACAUGAGCGACUACGUCAACCCGCUGUACAGCAGGGAGCAUCCUGUCACUCAGGGCGUCCUCCUGCCCAACACUGCGCCUCAGAACUUCAAGUUCUGGCGUGGCAUGUACAACAGGUAUGAGAGCGGAGUCCACCCCAGGGAGUCUGUAACCGACACGGUCAGCGCGAUGAAGGACCAUUCAGCCUCCCUGGAGGACCAUGUCAGGCUACUGGAAAAGAGAAUAGCUGGUGUUAAGAAGCUGCUAGGCAAAGACACGGUGCUGUCACCUGACCUGCAAGCAAAGGGUGACAGCAAUCCGGAAACCGUGGUCAACAACCCUGUCCCGACCAAAGACAGCCCUAGUGAAGACAAUGGAGCUAACGCUGUGUCUGAUGCAAGUAGCGAGUCAGGGAUUGAAGAUGUUCAAUCUCCCGUCAAUGGGGACAGUGCAAGUGCAGAGGAGAAUGAAGAAAAGAAUGACAAAGAGGACAAUUUGGACAGUACCAAUGACCUUGUCGAGGAGGCGGAAGCAAGUGAAGGUCAAGACGUUCCUGAGACAAAAGCCGAGGUGGAUAAUUCCCCGUCAGCGGGAGCGGGGGAUUCCAUGGACGUGUCGCUGAACCGGUUGUCCCUGGAGAUGGACUCCGUGGCGCUGGAGUGGAAAGCCUUUAGGAAUAUUCGCCAGUGUUCGUGUGAAACUCCCCUGGACGCUUUUAACAAGAAAUACCACUGCUGGCGAUGCGGUGACAUCUUCUGUACCCGAUGUAUUGACAAACAGACACCUAUUCCCGGGCACUACUCUCAACGACCAGUCCCUGUCUGCAGAACGUGUUACAAGCACCUUAAACUGGAGAGCAAGCUGUCAUAACUCUCAUCAACAUCCACGGCGGAAAACUUCCCUGCAAGUCGUUAAAAUGUGAUGUGUUAGUCUAAAGUUUUACAACACAGAUGGUCUACUUUAAGAGACACAGCACAGGAUUUGAAAUGGCUCUAGAAUGGAACACUCUGCUAGUUAUUUUCCUAUGCAAUUUAAAAGACUAGUUUCUUGAGUUGGAAACUCGCAUAUAUUCUUCAGUCUGCUCUGCAGCACCAAACAAAUCACUUGACAUAACUUUAGGUGCACUAUGGGAACAGAGAUUGACCCUUUAUAGCUUAGAUAGUUGUUUUUUUUCUGUAUCAGAUAAAAUUUCCCUCUUCAGAGCCAUUUCAAAUUUUAUAGAUGUGUCUCUUGGGUUUGCAAGUGUAGUCAGAUGUGUAGAGCUUACAUGUAUCAGCAGAGAUUGUAGCAGCACUAAAAAGUGCAGAUGAUUGUGAUUUUUUGUAAAAUAUUUCACAUAAAACAUUGACUUCUCCUAUGUCUAAUAUUGUUGCCAGGGUAAACAGAUAUAUUUCAUUAAACAUGGCCUGGGAAGAAAAAAUGCAGCAAGAACUGCAUGUUAUAAUUGCAACUUUAUGGUUUUAGCUGCCUUUAUUAUUUAGAAAUUAUUUUCAGUUUAAUGUAUCACAUAACACUAAGAGAGUAAAAAAGAUACGUUAUUAUACAUUUGGUAAUUGACCUGUAGCUUGUAAUUAAUUCUUGUUAGCUAAGUAAGAUAUGUGCUAUAUAUUUAAAUGAAUUUCAUCCUAUGUAAUACAUGAACUGAACAGAAUAUGCACAUGAUGAUUCUUGAGUUUCAUAUUAUGUACAAGAGUUUGAUUUCAAUUUUGAUUUAAGAGAAUAUUGAGAAGAAAAGUUUAAGUUAUUGAUCCUUUACUUAGAAAACAAGGAGGUGUGUGUCCUGGUGGGGUGGAGGGUUCUGAAUGGUUCUAAGCUGCUAGAAUCCAUGUAAAUAAAGGAACUUCUGAAGGAGGCUGUCAGGGUCAAUCAGGGCGUGAAGUUUCUUCAUCUUGUCUUCCGUAAAUUUGACACGUUCAGCUUUGUAUUGUGUUGUGUACGACAUCGCAAAGUAAACACAUGAAAGCCAUUUGUAAGGUGUCCACUCCAAGGCCUGACUUUAUCCAUCAGACAUAUCCAGCUUAAAGAGAAGAUUUGUAAGGAAAUAUAACCAUGUACACCGUUACUGAUAUCUCAGUGUUGCAGUAAACACACGUCAUUGAUUCAAGAGAUUCCUACUUGUGCAAAGGCUAGAUUUGUCGUCACAUUGACUUGUGUGCUGAAGCUAGGCCUGCAUGUUGACAGGAUUAGUGCAAUCCAUGCAAUGCAAAACAAUGAAAUAGGUUAACACAUUGUUCUCUAUUUAUUUUCCAGGAUUACAAUGAUAGCCCCGUGCUGAAUAUGUGUGUAUGAUGUGUUGUAUUUGUAAUAAGGGCAUUGUAAAGCAUUCUGCAUUACACGUACAUGUACUACACACGUUGUUGGCUGUGACAAAGCAGGUGUAAAAAGUAAAUAAACAAGAUGUGAUAUCGUA